AACUUUUACAACCUAUUUUCCCUUUGUUUUUUCUGAGAAAAUAACUGGUCAUUCUUGGAAUGGAAGGUAGCUAUGAUUUCAAUCAGAAGGAGAGAGGAAUUGCUUUACUGAUCCAUAAUGAAUAUUUCUUGAAGUCCUCUGGAUAUCAGAAUAGACCUGGUGAUGAUAGGGAUUAUAAAAGGAUGAAGAAAAUCUUUAAGACAAUGGGCUUCAAAGUGUGCUCCUUCAGAGAUAAAACUAAAAGAGAAAUAUUGGAAAUAGCAGAUGAAGUGGCUGGAAUGGAGGAAAAGCACAGAGGAUCUGAUUGCUUUGUUUGUGUUGUGGCAUCACAUGGCUUGGAAUCACAGAAGGACACUGACGUCCACAGUCGAUCACAUGAGAGGGAACAUGUGAUUGUGGGGGUUGAUGGGAAGGAAAUGAGUACAAGUGAUUUUGUGGAAAAGUUUGAUGGAGAAAACUGUGAAGGUUUACAAGGCAAACCCAAAUUUUUCUUUAUUCAGGCAUGCAGAAUAGGAAGAUAUAGAGGCGGUGAUGAAGGAAUGGAUAAAGGACUGGAGAUUGGAAUCACUAAGGAGGAAAACAUGAAGAAAAAGAAGAAAACAAAGAAAAAAGGCAAACAUAUGGUAGAUGGUUCAGUUCAGGAACCAGAUACAAGUGAGAAGCAAGAUUCUAAAGAUGAAACAUUUGAUGAAUCGGAUGACAGUGUGGAUGAUGAAGAAGAUGUAGUGACAUCAGAUACAGAUGAUGAUGAAGACUUUGCAGAGUUUAGAGCUAAGUUUCAAGAAAUUGAUGCAGAUUUGUCAAAAGAAAGUCAUCCCAAACAGAGAUUAGAAUUGGAAAAGAGAUUACGGAGAAAAAAAAUAGAGGAGCUGGAUGCUAAAGGACUGAUGCCAGAUGAGGACAGUGUUAAAGUCAGUGUAGGCAGUGGUUUUUCCAAGAUAGAUGUGCCUGCAAAUGCCAAAACAGAUGAGCAAAUUGUUUCUGUAGAUAAAACAAAACCCUCAGCAUACGAAGAGUCUUCGUUACAAUUAGACGAUAAAAAGUUGGUAAGAAAAAAUGACAGUAAACUAUCCACUGAAGAAGUAGAUGCCAAAGGUUAUAAACCAUCUGAGAGGAGAGUUGAAUAUGUUGUUCCCAUGGUUACAGUAGUACCCUGUCCAGACGAUACACUCAUUAUGUUUGCUUCAACAUCAGGGAAUUUUGCUGUACGAAGCCCUGCAGCUGGUAGUUGGUUACUUAACAAGCUUUACCAGCAGCUUAAGGUUUAUACAAAAGAUCCUGGUAGUUUUCAGAACAUUAACUUCCUGAAUAUUUUGACAGAGGUUUUAACCUGUAUGAGUUUGGAAACAUAUAGUCCUGGAGAAAAGAGUCAUACAAAAUAUUUAGAAGGACGGUUUUCUCCUGGUUGCAUCACUCAUUGCCUAACAGAACAAGUAUUUUUUACAGAAAAGCCAUCAAAAAGAAAAUUUUCAUUUUUAAAACUGUUUAAAAGAUAAAUCAGAAUAGUGAUAUUUAUUUUUGUUAUAUAUGUUUUUUUUAGUUAGUUAUUAUACUCACUGGAAUAACUAGGUUUUAUUUUAAAGGGUGGGGUCACAAAAAAUAUCUGCUUGAAAAUGGUGAAAACAUUUUGGUGAGUAGAUUUUUAGGAACUGUAAAUAAAAUCUUCCUGGGAUUAUCAUUUCCAUUCAAAUAUUGUAUCCAAUGAGUCAACAAAUUAGGUGACUUGUUUUAAUUAAAAUCCUUUAAACAAACAAAUGUCAUAUUAACGUUCACCAUUGGGUAAACCUAUUUUAUAAAAGGCAUUUUAUAACCUAUCAGAUGAUCAAAUCAUCAAAGAAUUAAAUUAAGGGGAUAUCAGGCUUCAAUUAUUUUGUUAACAGGAAGUUCCAACAAAAAAAAAACCUUGAAAUUAAAAACUGCUUGUUCUCCUUUAAGGAUGUACUAAGGUGAAGUUAAAAAAAUCUAGAAUUUAAAAUUGAUACUAUAAGUCGGAAGAGCAUUAGUUAAGGAACAAAAUAAGCUAAAAAUAUUGAUAGGUUAUGGAGCUCCUUUUUGAGAUAUUUGAUUUUUGUCGAGCCAGCGACUUUUGUUGCAGAAAGCUCGACAUAGGGAUAGUGAUCCGGUGGUGGCGGCAACGGCGUUAGCUAACUUCUUAAAAGCUUUACAUUUUAGAAGGUGGAAGACCUGGAUGCUUCAUACUUUGUAUAUGGAUGCCUCAUGUUACAAAGUUUCCGUCAGUCACAUGUCCAAUGUCCUUGACCUCAUUUUCAUGGUUCAGUGACUACUUGAAAAAAAAGUUAAGAUUUUUUGUAAUGUUAAAUUCUCUCUUAUUAUAAGUAAUAGGGUAACUAUAUUUGGUAUGUGUGUACCUUGCAAGGUCCUCAUGCCUGUCAGACAGUUUUCACUUGACCUCGACCUCAUUUCAUGGAUCAGUGAACAAGGUUAGGUUUUGGUGGUCAAGUCCAUAUCUCAGAUACUAUAAGCAAUAGGUCUAGUAUAUUCGGUGUAUGGAAGGACUGUAUGGUGUACAUGUCCAACUGGCAGGUGUCAUCUGACCUUCACCUCAUUUUCAUGGUUCAGUGGUUAUAGUAAAGUUUUUAUGUUUUGGUCUGUUUUUCUUAUACUGUAUGCAAUAGGUCUACUAUAUUUGGUGUAUGGAAUGAUUGUAAGGUGUACAUGUUUAGCUGGCAGGUGUCAUCUGACCUUGACCUCAUUUUCAUGGUUCAGUGGUCAAAGUUAAGUUUUUGAGUUUUGGUCUAUUUUCAUGGGUCAGUGGUCAAUGUUAAGUUUUUGAGUUUUGGUCUAUUUUUCUAAUACUAUAUGCAAUAGUUCAACUAUAUUUGGUGUAUGGAAAUAUUUUAUGAUCUAUAUGUCAGUCAGGUUUUAUUUGACCUUGACCUCAUUUUCAAGGUUCAUUGCUCAGUGUUAAGUUUUUGUGUUUUGGUCUGUUUUUCUUAAACUAUAAACAAUAGCAAUAGGUCAACUAUAUUUGUUGUAUGGAAGAAUUGUUAGCUGUACAUGCCUGCCUAGCAUGGUUCAUCUGACCUUGACCUCAUUUUCAUGAUUCAUUGGUCAAUGUUUAGUUUACUUGGUUAAUGUUAAGUUUAUGUGACAGUUGUAAUAAAGCUUUAUAUUUAGGACUAUCAACAUAAUAUCAAUGAUUAGUAAAGAAGGCGUGUGCAGUCUUGUUUAAAAAUGGUGGGAAAAGACUGACUCCGACUUUUACCUUAUAUUUGCAUUGGUAUUAUUUGGGUCUCAAAUCGAAAGAAAUGAAAUCUAGAAUCUGCUUAAAUUUUGGUAAAUGACCUUUUAUGAGCUAUUGAAGUCUUAUAUGAAAAGAAAAAUGGGUGUUAUGGAGCAAAAUAUUUUACCCUGUAUUGUAGGAAAAAAACCCAAGGAGUCCGAACAUCUGACACAAAUUUCUAAACCUCACCUAAGUACAUCCUUAAGUAAAAUGAAAAAAACAUUUCAGUCAAUCAUAUCUUUUAAAGUUUUAGGAUUUUAUAGAAAAUUCUACAUCUGCAUUAAAAGCUCUUGAUUCUCCUUGAAGUGAAAUCUUUUACAUUUGUGUGUUUGUGAAUUUUUUACUUCCUGAUCUGCAAAGGCAAAGGCAGGUGUAAACAAUUGAUGAGCCCUUUUAAUCAGAAUCAAUAUCAUUUUUUUGGCAUAAAAAUGUAAAAAAUAUUUCUUCUUCCUUUACUUGCCACAACACGUCAGUAAGGGCACGACCCCUAGGGAUAUCAGGAUAAAGUUCCAUAACAUUAUAAAAAAAUCCCCACUUGAAGCCCUGUAUCUGUAUCUGCUUCUGGUACUUUAUCUUUAUUUUGUUUAACCAUUCUUAUAUUCUAUAUUAGGGGUGGGCUUAAAGGUUUAUCAAAUGUUUAUCAAAUAUGAUCAGAAUUUGUGCCAUUUUUCAUAUUCAGGUUAAUUUACAGGGCCAAAUAAGUUAAAAAAUGUACCUUAUCAAAUAGUGUCUGUGAUUGCUUAGACAUACCUGCCAACAUAACAAUUCUAGAAAGGAGACUUCCUUUUUUUACUGAAAAAAAAUGAAAUCUUCCCAUUUGUUAAAAAAUCAUCAAGUUUUUCUAGUAUUUUCUGUGACUGAUUUUCGCAAUAUCACAAGUAUUAUUCUUAUUGGCAUAGUAGAAUAAAGAAUGUUGUUUUAGCUAAUUAAAUCCAUGAAUAGACAAUUCAUCCUUUUGUGCUUUUAACGAUAUGAAAAUACAUUGUAUCUUGAUACAAAAUUGUGAAUGGAAAAAUGUCGUCACACAUCAUCUCCCCCUUAGUAAAGAUCAAAAAGGAGAUUACCCACUUUGUAGCUCCAAAAGGUUGGCAGGUAUGUUGAAAAUUAAACAGUACAUUUGAACUGGAUUUUUCAUGUUGGUUUUAAGAUAUAUAUCAAUAAAUUGUGAGUACUGACAUUAAUUUAAUAUAAAAAAAAAGUGAAAUUUAGUUAAUUUUUAUGAAGUGAGCAUUAUUUUUUGUUGUUGUUGUUUUUAACAUUUCACAUUUAUUUAUACUCUUAAAAGAAUAGAGAACAUACUCUUGAAAUAUUAAAGUUAAUACUCUUGAAAUAAUAAAAGUUAAUACUCUUGAAAUAAUAAAAUUUAAUACUCUUGAAAUAAUAAAAGUUAAUACUCUUGAAAUGAUAAAAGUUAAUACUCUUGAAAUAAUAAAAUUUAAUACUCUUGAAAUAAUAAAAGUUAAUACUCUUGAAAUAAUAAAAGUUAAUACGCUUGAAAUAAUAAAAGAAAUACUCUUGAAAUAAUAAAGGAAAUAUCUUGAAAUAAUAAAAGAAAUGAAGAGUGUGAAUCAAUAUAAAAUUGUAUUGUAUCUUGAUUCUUGCUCUUAAAAAAGAAAGUAACCUUAUUUAUGAGUUAGUUUAAACAACAUUUAUUCAGAUAAAUCAUCACAUAAGAAUAUAAUACAAUUAAAAUAAAUAUGAGUUCAUGUGACAAUGGUCUAUCUUCAUCUUUCAUUGUGGCAAUAUUUUAUCUUGCUAAUUGUUUUUAUUUGAGAUUUUCAUAUUUUUAACAGUUUCACCAAAAUCUGACUGUUUUCAUUUACAAACUGUAAACCAACUAAUGUUUUGCAAGCUGUUGAUUUUCCCCAUUUAUGCAAGUAGAAAUAUCAAUCAACACAAAUCUGUAAAAAUAUGAUCUUCCCCAUUAAUAUAUAAACAUCUCAAGAAUAUGAAGGAAAUAUUGAAAAAAAAAAUCAUUGCCACAAAGUCAGCAAGAAAUGUCUAAAUAUAAUUUAUGUGAAAUAAGUUGGUUUACAGUAUAACAAACAGAGAAUAGACAUUAGAUAUAAAUAUAUUUAAAGUGAUCAUACAUGAAUAUCUAUUACAUUUCAGUAUUACAAUUGUUAAAUGUAAAUGGUUAUGAUUCAAAGUAUUUUUUAUAAUGUUAGCUUUGUAUUUAUAUGUAUAUUUUUUUUACAUAAUUCAAUUUUGUGGAUUGAAUAGCUUAAGAACUAUUUGAUAUGUGAACGAAGAAAAAAAGCUAUCCUGAUAUCAAAUUUAUACAUCUAUCUCAACUUUGUUUUUUUUUCAAAAAGAAAUGAUUCCAAAAAUAUAAUCUUUUUCUACAGAUUGGUUACAUUAUACACAAAUAUUUCAAAAAGCAAUUCCUGAAACAUAUUUUAUCCAAAUGCUUGGUAGCACUGAAGGGUAUAAAGGUUGCAUUCAUUUUGAAUUUUAAUCACUGAAUUGCAAUUGAACAUCUUUAGAACAUUUUUUGAAUUUGAGUUAUCUUCCUUUGCCCUUAAUUGUAGUUGAACAUCAUUUGUUAAUUUUUAAUAAAAUGGUAUUCUUAACAAAGUAUGAUUAUACACAAACACGUCAAUGUAUUAUCAAUCAAAUGCUUGACAUUGGUAUGGACAUGAUCUAAUGAAAAUUUACCUCACUGCACUUAGUUGUUUUUUAACUCUCAAAUGUUCAAAAGCAGUGUUGGUAGAGUAAGAAAUGAGUGAAUUGCAACUUUAUUUGGUUUACAAAACCAUAGAUGUUGAGUUUGUCUAAUUAUAAAUCAGAAAAGUCUUCAUAUUUAAUUGGCUAGAUGGGGGUCAGGAUGGUAGCACAGUAAUACAUAAAUAUACAUACAUUUUUCCUCAUGGAAGGGGAAGCUAAGUAUGUUUGAUAGUAUGUUUAAAUAUUUAAUUCAACAAAGCUUUGACUGAUAAAACAAUAUA